GGAAAAACGGGUGGGUAUAACAAAUGUGUAAUUUAAUGUCGUACCGUCAGUUUCACGUUCAACACCACCUUAGUAGUUCUUAUUAUUUACUCGUUAGGUACUCGAGUGACGCUUGGCGGUUUUUCGAUAAUUUUAAUAAACAGUAUUAGGACAUUGCUAUAUUAUACGCUUAUAUUCGAUAUUUUAGUAUUAUUAUACUGGUGAUUUUUGUUUUUUCUUUACCUCUCAAGUCUCAACAUGGUCAGAACCAAGCAAUCGAUGAGCUAUAAGGUUUCCGUCGGGAGAAUGCCUAAAAUAGCUGCGUGUAAAGCGGCGGUGGCCGGUGGUUCGUCAUCGUCUGGUCAUAAAUCGUCGUCGUCACCGUCUACUUCCAAAAACAAAUAUUCUGGUGGAAAUCCAGUGCACCCUAGAGAGAUUCCGGUUUGGCAGAAAGAGAUCACGUGCUUUUUCCAGGUGAAAAAUGACGAACAAUCACAAAUCCCGUCGGCCAACAACGAGGACGAAGACGACGACGUCAUCGAAUUACUUCCGCAAGAAACGACUCAGGCAGGAUCGUCGGGAAUUUAGGAUAGAACAAUAAGUUUAUCUUUAUAUACUUACAAAUUUUCUAUUACAAACCGAAUCGAAAUAAUGCGUAACCAAGAUUUUGUACAUUACGUUUUGAUAGUCUAAAGUGAGUUCUUAUAUACUCGCAAAUAAUAUUUAUUUUUCAAUUGUAUUUUUUCACCAUACGUUUUAUACCUUUUUAUGUACACAAUAUUAUUAUAUAUACGUUUUUUUUUGUCCCAUUAUACAAUCAUACAUAUUAUUUCCAUUAUAUUUUAUAAACCAAUGUGGUAUAAUCCAAUAUGACGAAAAACAAUACUAUUUAAAUUUAUUUUACAAUAUUGGAUAAACGAAAAUAAAAUUUAUUUAUUCAAUAUCAAUAUAAGUAUUUCAGCUCUGCAGCUGUUGUGUACCAUAAAAUAUUUUUUUUAAAGAACUAAAGAUAAAUGUCAUUUUCGUUUUAUUAUGUAUGCCAUAAAAUUAAAUGUUCAACGUUUAUAUUAAUUUAAAUUCAAUAUUAUUAACUUUUUAUACACAAAACUACAUAUUGUUAUUAAGCAACUCUGAUACAAUGUAUUAUUAUUGUAGACGGUGCUUGUACAUCUUUUUCUUCCUUUUCGUUGGUCUAAAAUAAAUGUUUACCU